CCCCCCCUUCUCGUCGGUGAUUGGAGGAGAGAAGUGUCCAUCACUUCGUCUUUUCUUCUUAGCGACUUCGGACAGGUUGGGGAGAAGGCGAAGAGCGAGCGGUCUGUAGUUGGCAGGGAUACCUGGCCUCAGAUGCAACAAUGGAUCUUGUUCUGAACUACGCUGACAGCUCUGUUUUGACACCAUAUGUUUAUCCUGCGACAUGGCCAGAAGAGGAUCCUUUCCGGCAGCUAAUCACCCUCUUCAUUGUGACAAACCUUGGCGGACUUGUCAUUUAUUUUCUGUUUGACACUCUCAGCUACUACUUCAUAUUUGAUCAUUCUCUGAAGAAACACCCCCAGUUUUUAGAGAAUCAAGUGGCACGCGAGAUAAAAUACAGUAUGAAAUCAUUACCGUUGAUCAGUGUUCCCACUGUUGCUAUCUUCUUUGCUGAAGUGAGAGGCUACAGCAGACUGUAUGAUAACAUCGAAGACUCUCCUUAUGGCUGGUUUGGUGUUAUCUUCAGCAUGCUGUCUUUUCUUUUCUUCACUGACAUGUGCAUUUACUGGAUUCACCGAUUUCUCCAUCAUAAACUUGUAUACAAGCAUUUACACAAGCCUCACCAUACGUGGAAAGUGCCGACACCUUUUGCGAGCCACGCUUUCCACCCUUUGGAUGGCUUCCUUCAGAGCGUCCCUUACCACAUCUACCCAUUCCUCUUCCCGCUGCACAAGGUGACCUACCUAGGCCUCUACAUCUUCGUCAACAUCUGGACGGUCUCUAUUCAUGACGGAAACUAUCGCGUUCCUGGUGCCUUAAAGGAGAUCAUCAAUGGGGCCGCCCAUCACACCGAUCACCACUUAUACUUUGAUUACAACUAUGGCCAGUAUUUCACACUCUGGGAUAAAAUUGGAGGCUCGUUCAAAAACCCGUCCGCUUUUGAAGGGACAGGGCCACACGAUUGUGUGAAAAAGCUGAAAGAAAGUGAAUCAAGCAACAUGGGAAAUGGUUGCGGACAUGAGAAAGUGCAAAAUGGAGACAGUCUUAAAAACAAAUAGGUAGAAACGCUAAAUAAGCCUUUGUUUUAAAAGAACUGCAUUGAAGUAGAAGUGACCCCUCAUAUUACGCUGGGAGGAUUUGGGUACUGUACAUUUCACCAAGAGAUGGAAUCUUCCCACCCAAAACCUUGUGCAGUGGGCUAUGAUUGGUAAAGCAUAAGUUGCUGAGAUGCCUUCAGUGUUAAUAGAAUACUGUAAUGGUUGGGGUGUUGUGUGGUUUCUGAGCUGUAAAGGUUAUCUAUGCUAAUGGUGACAGCAUGUUCCUUAUGGGCACGCCCUGUUUCUUCCUAGAUUCACAGGAGCCAAAACAGGGCCAGUGAGUUCUGCCCUCGCCACAAGAAUGAGACAGGAAUGCCUAUUUCAGCUUCCCAGUCUUCUUCGCGUGAUGUCAAAGUGUCACAUCAGCCCCAGAGCCCAUUCUUAGAAGUAGCUCAGUUGUAACACCAGCCGUGAAUUGAAGAUGCUACCAGUCAGGACUCUGCAGUUAACACACAACUGCUUUUGGAUUUACUAAAGGGAUACUUGGAUAAUGGAAGGGGGAAAUAAAGAGGUAAUGAGAAUGGCUCGUGCCAUUAGAUUUCCAGUGUGAAGCCUGCAGCAGACGGUUUUCCAAAAGUGCCCAUCUGUUGAGGCCAAGAAAAAGACAAAGAAUAGUUUUAUAGAAAGCCAAGAAAAAGCUGUAAUUAUUUUGUAGGUUAUUGUCAUAGAAAGCUGUUCUCUAAAAAAAAAACCCCUGAAAAAACCCUUUUUGUAAAUGUCAGGUGCCUGGAGGAUGAUAGUUUGCGUGACGUGUUUCGGGCCUGACUUCUGCAGAAUAAACCCUUGCUGGGGAUUUUUAAUCUUCUCAACCAAAAGCUGCACAAUGUAGGAACCCAAUUUUUUUAAAGAAAAGAUGUCUUUUACUAUGUCUUCAAAAAUGCUGUUGUCAGUGUUCUGUGGGGAAUUGUGCUGGAAGGGCUGACUUCUUUGCCUUUCCGUAGGAUACCUGUGUCUGUUCCACCAAGGAAGCCUCGUGUUUUGCUUCAGAUGAAGAAUGAUCAUCUCUGGUUUGUGGGGAGGGAAGAACGGGAAAAAAAAACUUUUUGCCAACCGAAUUUAACAUUUUUAAAAAGUUAAAAGGAAUGCACGUAAUUGUUUUGAACAGUCGGCCGCAGUGUGGAGCUUUUACUGUGUCAUAUCUAUUGUAGGCAGUGCAUCCAUGAAUUAGUUUCAUUGGGGCAUACGUAGAAGCAUUUACUGGCAAAUUGCAGCCAGCGGGUAUUCUAAGUGGUUUCCUUGGCUCUCUGAUUUUUUUUUUAAAAAAAACUGCUGCUGCUUUUUCAAUUUUUAGCACAGAGAUUUUGAAGUCAAACUUCAGGGGGAAAAAAAGAUUCAGCAUGUACCCUUUUGAGAAUGCUGUGCUUUUAUUAAUAUAGUAUGGUCCACUCCAUAACAUUCCAGAUAUGGAGCAAAAUAAUAAUUUUUUUGCCUUUUAUAAUUGUCUUCUGAAAGAUGUUUACUUGCUUAAUCAGGAUUUAAAAACUGCCUUUCUCCAAAAAAUGCUUUCAGAAGCUCAAUGCAUGAGUGCUGCUAACCUUAUAUUUUAAAAUUGCCUGUGAUCACCAAGAAGGAAGAGUGUAUCUCUUUGUGAAGCUGUGAAUGUUUGAUGCUGCCCUUGUUAGUAUGGUAGUUUGGUCAUUUCAGUUAGUAACAUAGAUGUGAUUUCCUUGGAAACACUGUCAAUAAAGAUGCAAAAAUAUCCAUUGUGGCUUUUGAGGGUAAGCCCAGCUCUCACUCUCGAAGGAACUGCAAGGCGGGAGCAUAGCCAUCUGAGAAUCUACUGAAGACACCUUUGCUGAUUCUUGCUGAUGGUUCAGUAAGUUUCCUUGGGUUUUCCCUUAGGCAGCCUCUCUCAAACACGAGGUAAUUGCAGCGAGGAUUCUUCACUUUCUAGGGCAGGGGUCUGCAACCUGCGCUCUCCAGAUGUUCAUGGACUACAAAUCCCAUCAGCCCCUGCUAGCAUAGCCAUCCCCUCCACUCAGAGGAAAUGUUGGGGUGUGGGGGAGGGCUGUAAGAAUGAUGAUAUAUGAUCACACUUGUUUUGCGUCAGAUUCUUGAGUAGCAUGUCUACACUUGGGAUGGAUUUCAGCUUGUGUUAAACAGCAGCAAGAGCUGCUAGCCCUCAUUGGGCACAGAAGUACAAAAAUGCAUGGGCAGCUCCUGUAAAAUUUUCAGAAAACAGAAGUGGUUUCUUGCAGUAGCAGCAGAAAAGCCUUGCCAACUGAGUUGCAAAGUAUUUGCCAUUGUCCCCCUCCCCACAGCCUGCCAGCACUAUAAUAUUGACAUUACUCAUUUUGCCCUCCACCAUCGACUUUUGUGGGGGUAGGGAAGGGGUUUGAAGUUCGCUGUUUUGUAAGUUAGGUAGGUCCCCCCUUCAUAUAAUCACUGGUGCUGAUAAAAUCAUGAAUAAUUCUAGUCCACUGAGAUGAUCGGGGGUUCUAAUGAGAACCGUGUGCCUAUUUGAGUGUCUUCAGUGUCAAGUUCUUCCAAGGCCUGGUUCCUCAGUCAGAUGGUGAUUUUGCUUCCUGAGCAUUACGGCUACUGAGCACGACCGAGAAAAGAAGGAAUUGCAUUUGUGUGAAAAUUUUCUUUAAAAGGCUCCUGAAGGGACGUAGAUGAAGUUGUUGAUCAUUCGCUUGUAUUAAUUUUUUAAUACCUUUUUCUGGUGAAAAGUAAUAAAAAGUUGAACUUUCAGGUCAA